GGCCAAUAACUGCGCAGCGCGCGGGACCCGGGGCGGUGGGAAGCUCGGGCUGCCGUGGGGUCCGCGAGGGAGCCAGUGCGGCGGAGCCAUGGUCGGCCAACUGAGCGAGGGGGCCAUUGCGGUCAUAAUGCAGCAGCAGGAUACAUUCAUCAAACCCAUCCUCCAAGUCAUCAACAUCCGUCCCAUCACCACAGGGAACAGUCCGCCACGUUAUCGACUGCUCAUGAGUGAUGGAGUGAACACUCUGUCAUCUUUCAUGUUGGCCACACAGUUGAACACUCUUGUUGAGCAAGGACAAUUGGCCAGCAACUGCGUUUGCCAGAUUAACCGAUUCAUUGUGAACACCCUGAAAGACGGAAGGAGAGUAGUUAUUUUGAUGGAAUUAGAAGUUUUGAAAUCAGCCGAAGCAGUUGGAGUAAAGAUUGGCAAUCCAGUGCCCUACAAUGAAGGACAUGGGCAGCAGCAGGUAGCUCCUCCUCCAGUUCCAGCUGCCAGCCCAGCGAGCAGCAAGCCCCAGCCACAGAAUGGAAGCUCUGGAGUGGGUUCCACUGUUCCUAAGGCUUAUGGUGCGUCAAAGACAUUUGGAAAAGUUGGAGGUCCCAGCCUGUCCGGCACUUCCGGGGGAACACAGGCCAAAGUGGUGCCCAUUGCCAGCCUCACCCCUUACCAGUCCAAGUGGACGAUUUGUGCUCGUGUCACCAACAAAAGUCAGAUCCGUACCUGGAGCAACUCCCGAGGGGAAGGGAAGCUGUUCUCUCUGGAGCUAGUUGAUGAAAGUGGUGAAAUCAGAGCUACAGCUUUCAAUGAGCAAGUGGACAAGUUCUUUCCCCUCAUUGAAGUGAACAAGGUAUAUUAUUUCUCAAAAGGCACCCUGAAGAUUGCUAACAAACAAUUCACAGCUGUUAAAAAUGACUAUGAGAUGACCUUUAAUAAUGAGACUUCUGUCAUGCCCUGUGAAGAUGAUCGUCACUUGCCUACCGUUCAGUUUGAUUUCACAGGGAUUGAUAACCUAGAGAACAAGUCUAAAGACUCACUUGUUGACAUAAUUGGGAUCUGCAAGAGCUAUGAAGAUGCCACUAAAAUCACAGUGAGGUCUAACAACAGAGAGGUUGCUAAGAGGAAUAUCUACUUGAUGGACACAUCGGGGAAGGUGGUGACUGCUACGCUGUGGGGGGAAGAUGCUGAUAAAUUUGAUGGUUCCAGACAGCCUGUGCUGGCUAUCAAAGGAGCCAGAGUCUCUGAUUUUGGUGGACGGAGCCUCUCCGUGCUGUCUUCCAGCACAAUCAUCGUCAAUCCUGACAUCCCAGAGGCCUAUAAGCUUCGUGGAUGGUUUGACUCAGAAGGACAAGCCUUAGAUGGCGUUUCCAUCUCUGACCUAAAGAGCGGUGGACUUGGAGGGAGUAACACCAACUGGAAAACCUUGUAUGAGGUCAAAUCAGAGAACCUGGGCCAAGGCGACAAGCCGGACUACUUUAGCUCCGUGGCCACAGUGGUGUAUCUUCGCAAAGAGAACUGCAUGUACCAGGCCUGCCCGACUCAGGACUGCAAUAAGAAAGUGAUUGAUCAGCAGAAUGGCUUAUACCGCUGUGAGAAGUGCGACACUGAAUUCCCCAAUUUCAAGUACCGCAUGAUCCUGUCGGUAAAUAUUGCAGAUUUUCAAGAGAAUCAGUGGGUGACUUGUUUCCAGGAGUCUGCUGAAGCUAUCCUUGGACAAAAUGCUGCCUAUCUUGGAGAAUUAAAAGACAAGAAUGAACAGGCGUUUGAAGAAGUUUUUCAGAAUGCCAACUUCCGAUCCUUCAUAUUCAAAGUCAGGGUCAAAGUAGAGACCUACAAUGACGAGUCUCGAAUUAAGGCCACUGUGAUGGAUGUGAAGCCUGUGGACUACAGAGAGUAUGGCAGAAGGCUGGUCCAGAGCAUCCGGAGAAACGCAUCCAUGUGAGGAGAGAGUGCUGAUUGGGCAGAAGCUUGCAGGUGAAGAGCCAAAUGGAAUCCAUUUCCUCCCACCCCUGUGUGCCAAUCCCACAUUCACUACACAGCACAGAAGCUCUUUAUGGUGGACUAAGCAAUUUCCUCCCGUGUGUAUCUCACAGCCCAGUGGUAGGCAAUGGAGAGAGUGGCUGCGGUGUAGACCGUCAGGCCCAGGGCAUCCGCCAGCCGUGUAGUGUAGGACCAGUCACCCCCUGUCUCCAGGCCUCCGUCAGUGGUGUGAAGAUUCCAUUACCAUCCAGCAGGAAUGAUGAUGUCAGUAACCGACCCUCACUGUGGACGUGAAGUAAAUGAUGUGACUGGGUUUCUGCUUCUCCAGUGGUGACCCCCUUACACCUUGGGUUGUGUCUCGGCGGGGAGAGCUGAGAAGAGGUGGUGGGACACCUAGGUGUGUCAGUAAGUGUGUCUUCCUAGAUUCAAAGGCGCUGUCUUUCUGGAGGUGUUACCUAGUAGUUGAUGCUUGGAAUGGCGAUAGGGUAGAAUUAUUAAUCAAAGGCAUAUCUUUUAUAUCUGCAGAAUAUCCUUCCUUCAGGGUUUAAUAGCCUGAGUCAGAUGGGUCUGAUACUAAUCAGAAUUGUCUCUUCUGAGGACUGCUGAUAAGCACUGACUUGCCAUCCCCUAGGGAAAUCCAGGCAACUACAAAGCAUUUCUUUAGUUUCCACUUCAAUUCGAGUUGCAUUUCGGCUGGUGAACGUAGACUCUUCCUACCUGUUCAUAGUCCUUGCAUUCGCAUAUUUUGUUUUCUCGACUAAAGCUAUGUUCAGUGGAAAGGAUUUUGAAACCUUUUGUUUCCCUUGCUUUGUUUUAAUAAACAGUAUAUUCUUUAAAAAAAAAAA